CCGGGACGUACCGGUGUAGAGCUGUGCUGCAGUCAGACCGGUCCGGGUAGAUAAGUGGGUGAAAGGUCUACUGGACAGGAGAGACAGCAGAACACUAACACCGCUCACAGAGACACACGCUGACCAGACCGGAAAGUAAAAAUGUCCAAACAGCCGCAGCCGAUCAGUCCGGUGAAGAACUUCUUCGCUGGUGGGUUUGGAGGGGUCUGCCUCGUCUUCGCCGGACAUCCCCUCGACACCAUCAAAGUGCGUUUACAAACUCAGCCCAAACCAAAACCUGGAGAGAGCCUCAUAUAUGCUGGAACCAUUGACUGUUUCAAAAAGACCUUAGCCAAGGAGCUGAAGUAUGCUGGACCCAUGGACUGUGUCAAACAGCUGUACCGAGAGUCUGGGAUCAGAGGAAUCUACAAAGGCACCGCUCUGACUCUCAUGAGAGAUGUUCCAGCAAGUGGGAUGUACUUCAUGUCUUAUGAGUGGUUGAAGAACCUCCUCAAACCACCAGGAAAAAGGUGAAUUAAUGUUGAGAUACCAGCCGGUUUAAAAGAGCUCUUACAGGGAUACACUGUGGAGGUUCUUCGCCGCAAGCCGCCAAACCUGGUUGAAUUUGCGGUGCAGCAUUUCACACAAGUUCUGGAAAACCAAAGAAAUGCCCAACAGGCCAAGAAACGCACUGCCAAACCAGCAGGAAAAGGAGUCACCUUUGUACCAAAUAAGCCCACAAAGGAUGAUGAAGAGGAGGAGGAAGAUGCUGUUAAGUGCACCACCGGUAAAUACAAUCGCAGAGUUUCAGUGUGUGCAGAGGCGUACAACCCUGAUGAUGAUGAGGACGAUGACGCAGAGCCUCGGGUUGUGCAUCCCAAAACAGACGAGCAGCGGCGCAGACUUCAGGACGCAUGCAGAGACAUUUUACUGUUUAAAACACUGGAGCAGGAGCAGUUCUCUGAGGUUUUGGACGCAAUGUUCGAGGUGCUGGUCAAACCUCGGGACCACAUCAUAGACCAAGGAGACGACGGAGACAAUUUCUAUGUCAUAGAGAAGGGUGUGUAUGAUAUUUUUGUGCAGAAGGACGGAGUGAGUGUGUGCGUUGGACAGUAUGACAACAAGGGGAGUUUCGGUGAGCUGGCUCUUAUGUACAACACACCGCGAGCUGCCACAAUCACGGCCACGCAGGAGGGCGCCCUGUGGGGCCUGGAUCGAGCCACAUUUCACAGACUGAUCGUGAAGAACAACGCAAAGAAAAGGAGGAUGUACGAGGCCUUCAUUGAGUGUGUUCCUCUUCUGAAGUCUCUUGAGAUCACUGAAAGAAUGAAGAUUGUUGAUGUUUUGGGAGCACGAGUGUUCAAAGAUGGAGAGUGCAUAAUAACGCAGGGGGAGAAGGCCAACUGUUUCUACAUUGUGGAAGCAGGAGAGGUGAAGAUAAUGAUAAAAAGCAAAACGAAGGCGGGCCAGCAGGAUAACGCAGAGGUUGAGGUGGCCCGUUGCUCUAGAGGGCAAUAUUUCGGGGAACUGGCACUGGUCACCAACAAACCGCGAGCAGCAUCCGUUUACGCUGUGGGAGAAACCAAAUGCUUGGUAAUUGACAUCCAGGCUUUCGAGCGUUUGCUGGGCCCCUGUAUGGACAUCAUGAAGAGGAACAUCUCCCAGUAUGAAGACCAGCUUGUGGCACUGUUUGGCUCCAGUGUAGACUUGAAACACUAGUGCACAAAAUUCUAAAUCUGCAUUUCAGUCAAACAUAGUAGCAUUGCA